GCCGAAAUUUGUCAAAAAACAAAAAAGAUCCAAUUUGCCGAAAGCGUGUCUUUUAGGAUAGCCACGAUUCUUUGAUGGCUUCGAAAUAUCUGAAGCCUACAAUGUUCACCAGCGUUGAUUGAUACUAAGUUAUUAGAAUACCCUCGGAAAAUUAAAAGUGUAUUUUGCUUUUCAAGGGUAGAAUCGGAGUAGUCAGUUUUUCUGGAGAUGUAAACCCUAAUCUGUCUCACCUUGGAAUGCUAUAAAAACCAACCUUUACCUUUCGUUUAAUAGAUUCGGUCCCGUAAUCUAAAACUCUCUAAUAAUGUCGGGUUAUCCCUUACCCCUGAACCCAUUCCCCGGCUUUUUCGCGGUUGCUCGGACUGGCAUCUUCUGGGAUAUAGACCAAUUCAAGAUUGAUGCUCAGAGCAAUGCUUAUUCCACUGCGCAGAACAUCAGAAGGACGCUUUCUGUGGCUGGUCAUCUUGGUAAAGUUGAGAUCAUGGCUUAUGGCGUUGAUGAUGGUCAUGACUUCAAGGAGGAAGCUAAGUUCACUUCCUUUCCAGCAGGAGCUGACACUGAUCGGCACACCAAGAUGCUCGAAGACAUUCGUGUCUGGUCAUCUAAUAGUCCCAGUCCAUCAAACCUGUUCCUUAUCAUGGGAGACUCCGCAGUUGAUUUCAAACCCGUUAUUGAAUCUCUGGAGUCUUGUUCGUCUUCUCGUUUUGUAGGAGUUCUUUCAGUCUUCGAUGUUUCUCGCCGAUUCGUGAGAAUGACUCAUUUCUCCUUUCUUUAUUUAUCGGUCAUCAUCAAUCCUCAGUAACUAUGGUAUGGUAGUUCUUGGAGGCAUAUCUCUUUCUCUUUUGAGGCUCUAGUAUGGUGAACCUCUACAAGGGCUUUAUAGCCUUGCUAGCUCGUUGGACUUUAUUUAGAGGAUGGCGAUUCCUCUAAAUAGUGAAAAUGUUGGACACAGAAUCUUCUCUUAGCCUGAUUGAAUCUGGAGCUCUGAGUGGUAUCUGGAACUUGUGUGACGCCGAGGCAUCAACCGAGUUUGUGGAAGCAGUUUCAUUUCUGAAAUGUCAUCGUGGACACAUAGUUUUAUUUGUUGGUCGCUUAUGAUUGUCAUAGUUUUACCACAUUUUUUCAUCUCCUCUUUAAAUUUGCAUGUUUGUUAGUUCCUUUAGCCUAAUUUUUCCUUCUAGUGUUUUUGUCCCGGUUGACCAAAAAUUGUAACUAUUCCGAUGUAUUUGAAUUGUUGUUAAAAAAAAUACAUUUGUAUUGUUGUUUAUCAAAUAAAAGCGUAGAGAGAAGUUUAUCACUAAAGACAUCCAGAUAUUUUGGGCCACACACUGAGAACGGAGGCUUAAGAUUCUCCACUCUUUUGAAAUGGCGUUCACACUAUCAACCACCGCAAAGACCUUCACCACCAACAUAAACUGCUCAAACACAACCUCCUUUAAGCCCCUCAAGCUCCCUCUUUUCUGGCCAUGGCAAAAGGUGAAAAUGGGUCCUUUAAGUGUUUCUCCAAUGGGUUUUGGGACAUGGGCUUGGGGCAAUCAGCUUCUUUGGGGUUACCAGACUUCCAUGGACGAUCAGCUCCAACAGGCUUUCGAGCUGGCUUUGCAAAACGGAAUCAAUUUGUUUGAUACUGCAGAUUCUUAUGGCACUGGUCGGCUCAAUGGCCAAAGUGAGAGACUUUUGGGACAAUUCAUCAAACAAUCUCAAGUCUUAAAAGGGAAACAGAGUGAAGUUGUGAUAGCUACCAAGUUUGCAGCUUAUCCAUGGCGGUUAACUUCAGGACAGUUUGUCAAUGCUUGCAGCGCUUCUUUAGAGCGGCUUCAGAUAGACCAGCUCGGGAUCGGACAGCUUCACUGGUCAACCGCUAACUACGCGCCUCUACAGGAACUUGCUCUUUGGGAUGGUCUAGCGGCAAUGUACGAGAAGGGGCUAGUUCGAGCUGUUGGAGUCAGUAACUAUGGACCUCAGCAGCUUGUUAAGAUUCAUGAUUACCUCAAAACCAGAGGGGUUCCUUUAUGUUCUGCUCAGGUGCAGUUCUCAUUGCUAAGCUACGGAAAAGAGCAACAAGAGAUCAGGAGAGUAUGCGAGGAGCUCGGGAUUCGUUUGAUCUCUUAUAGUCCUCUUGGUUUAGGAAUGCUAACCGGGAAAUACUCCUCUUCAAAGCUUCCCACUGGUCCUCGAUCAUUGCUGUUUAGACAGAUUCUUCCUGGACUAGAGCCUCUCCUUGUAGCACUGAGAGAGAUUUCGGAGAAACGAGGAAAGACUAUGCCUCAGGUUGCAAUAAACUGGUGUAUAUGCAAAGGGACAGUGCCUAUACCGGGUAUAAAGUCGGUUAGACAUGUUGAAGAUAACUUGGGUGCUUUGGGAUGGAGACUUACAAAUGAUGAACAGCUUCAGUUAGAAUAUGCAGCUCAAGAAUCACCAAGGUCUAUGAUUCAGAACAUUUUUCAGACAAGAUGAUAGGAUUAUGAGAAAAAAAAAGUUUAUACAUUCAGACCACAAGUUAGAACGGGGUCUAUAAACAGAAGCGUUUAUAUGUAUGCAUCAUACACCUUCUAGCUAUCAUUCAAAUCAAAAUCUCAUGUAUUUUACUGAAAACCAAAAUCAACAAAGAUUGAGAAUGCAAA